AUGUCAGCAACAGACACUGAACAAGGGAUUCCCGAGAAAGCCUCUAAAGAAGAGAAUGUGACCAAGUCCGGUGGAACAGGGGCUCCUGUGUUUGACCCCCCUCCUGAUGGUGGUCUCAAAGCGUGGUUGGUUGCCGCUGGCGGAGCCUGCAUUUUCUUCUGCGCUUUAGGGUUUUCGAACUCUUUCGGUGUUUUCCAAGAAUACUAUAUUCACCACCAGCUCAAAGGCCAGUCUGAUGAAAAGGUAGCCUGGAUUGGGUCUCUCCAAGCAUGUCUCCAGUUCAUGGCUGGUAUCAUCGGCGGCCCGCUGUUUGAUCGCUAUGGGUCUAUAGUUAUCCGCCUGGCCGCCGUAUGCCUCGUCUUCGGGGUAAUGAUGACAAGUCUAUGCAAGGAAUACUGGGAAUUUAUGCUAGCGCAGGGCGUCCUCAUGGGGAUCGCAAUGGGCUUCGUGCAGUUCCCCGCCAUGGCCGCCCUGACCCAAUACUUUAUGAAAAAGCGUGGUGCCGCUAUGGGGUUGACCAUCUCGGGAUCAUCGAUAGGGGGCGUGGUAUUCCCUCUCGCGCUGAGCAAGAUGCUCAAUUCCACGGACCUGGGAUACGGAUGGUCGGUGCGAAUCAUGGGGUUUGUCAUUAUCCCCGUGCUAUCUUUCGCAGCGGCCGUCGUAACGCCACGCCUCCCACCCCGCAAGUCCAGCUUCUUCGUUCCAUCGGCGUUCCUAGAUCCCAAGUUUGAUAUCCUCACGGUCUCUGUUCUCCUCAUCCUCAUUGGGAUGUUCAGCCCUCUGUUCUACAUCCCGAGCUACGCUGUUACCACGGGCAUGAAGGCCACGCUCGCUUCUUACCUGCUGGCGAUUUUGAACGCCGCAUCAACCUUUGGUCGGAUCAUCCCUGGAUUUCUGGCAGACAAAUUUGGGAAACUUAAUAUGUUUGCCAUCGGCUCACUCACGACUGGUGUUUGGUCUUAUUCACUUGCCACUGGCUUUGCCACUGGAACGAUCAUCUCCGGGGCGUCUGCCGCAUUUACGCUCUGUAUUAAGAACCCUCAGGAAGGUGGAGCCGUUCUGGGCAUGGGAAUGGGAGUUGGGUCUUUGGCGGCUUUGAUCGGACCCCCGGUAAAUGGCGUCCUGGCGAAUAAAUAUGGGUUUGGACCUGUGGGGUGGUUCAGUGGUGCCCUGUGUGUUGUGGGUGGGUUUCUGGUUCUCUCUGCGAAAAUUACCACCCCCAAAGGGCUUUUCGGGCGUGUUUAG